AUGUUGGGCUCUUGGUUCCUCUAUGGCCUCACCUUGGCGCUCGUUGCCCAGGCAGGUGUGGCCAAAGACUAUGAUCAUCGAAUCAAAACCGAAGUCAUACUAGACACUCCCACGACCGGUGCUAGUACUACGCCUAGUGGCCGUGCCUUUUUGAAACUCGCUAGGGUUGACGGCACAACGGGCUCACAAAUUGUCGAAGUUCUCGAUCACAACAAGCUUGUGCCGUACCCUAACAAUGAAUGGAACUCAUGGAAUGCCAGCACAGACAGCCUAGCCGACUCAGAGGUCAAGUUCGUGUCAGCCAAUGCGCAGCGUGUUGGUCCAGACGGCAGGCUCUGGGUGAUAGACAGCGGCUUGCUCCAUUCGUUUCCCAACUCGUCCAAGCUCGUCUCGUUUAAUCUAACGACCAACGAGGUGGAUCGGGUCUACUACCUUGGAAACAUCACCACGGUAGACGGCUCUCUCAACGACGCGCGAUUCAAUGGCAAAUACGCUUACUUGACGGAGUAUACAAUUGGCUCUAUCAUUGUGCUUAAUCUCGAAACGGGAGAUGCGCGAAUGGUGCUCCGCGAACAUCACUCGGUGCUUGCUUGGAUGCCCUUAUCGUCCGAUGGCCACUUGAUGCGUCUUGCCUCGACUGGCCAGUUCCAGUAUGCCAAUGCUGACCAGCUCGAGGUGUCACCCGAUGGAAAGUAUUUCUACUAUCAAUCUGGUUCCGGUAAUAUGUGGCGGGUUGAGACAAAGUAUCUCAAUGAGGCCCUUUACAACGACACGGUGGCAGACUUGCUGCCCAACUACGUUGAGCCCUUCUCCCUCACCCCCUCGACUGGCGGCAGUGCUAUCGAUGCCAACGGUAAUAUAUACUACAGCGAUGGCGACCGCCAUGAAAUCCGCGCCAUUGCACCCAAUGGAACCACUACUUUGGUCACUCGCGACUCUAGACUACUGUGGGUGGACGCCCUAUGGAUUGACAACCACCAGCGCCUAUGGAUGUGUGCCUCGCAGCUCACCCGUGGAACCACCUACUUGCAUCCGAAUAAUCAGACUAUGACCAUCGUCAAGCCUAUCUACGUUUAUACCCUAGAUAUCGGUAACAACCCAUCUCCUAUCGAUCAUGCUUGA